AUGGCAGUGCCAUCUACGCCCAGGAACGCCAAGAAAACGGCUCCUUUCAAAUCCUCCCCGCAAUCCUCAGGGAAGAAGAACUUCAAACAGGCAUCUUUACUUUCGUUCUUUAGUAAGAACAAACCGGCAGCAAGCACGCCGUUGAAGAAACCUAAUCGUGAAUCUCUGUUUGUGAACGAUGAUGAUUCCACUGAUAUGGGGUCGGAAUUCGUCACCGCGAUGGACGACGCCGGUGACAAUUCAGCCACUCCCAAAACGGAGACAAGUGUUGCUGACAAGAACAACAAAGAAAGGCAAGAUGACUACAAUGUGUCCCAAAUACUGGAUGGAGAUACAGACGGUGAAAUUAGAAGCAGCCCGGUCGCUACCGAGUUGCUUGGAAAUACUUUAGACGACGUGAACAACAAAGAAUCGCAGCCGGAGAUAGUAGCUGACGAGAAUGUAAAACGCGGUAACAGAGGCCAAGUAAGAUAUGUCGAAUCUAGCGACGAGGAAGAGGAUAGCUCAGUAACGCGUACAAAUAAAAGGAGAAGAAAACAGCUAUCAAGUGAUGACGAGGAAGACGAAUAUGUUCCACCGAAGGAAGGGCACGAAAGUGAUCAUGAUGAUGCUGAACACGACACUGAUGCUUCAGAGGCUAAAAAUGAACUUGCAGAUGUGAAAAGCGAUUUCUCGCAAGGCAGUGCAGACGACGAUGACGACGAUGACGACAUACUCAGGCUGUCCAGCAAAAAGCCCAGAUCUAUAAAAAGUGGAGGCUCCGUCGCACCAAAAGCUCCGUCACAAUCGCUUGUUAAACCCAAAAUUAGUCCUCGCGGCAGCGCGAUGAAUCAGGCGAACAAGGGCAAACACUCAUCUUUCAACAAGGAGAACGAAGAACGGUACCAAUGGUUGGUAAACGAACGAGAUGCACAAGGAAGAGCACCUGGUGAUCCAGAUUAUGACCCCAGGUCUCUUUAUAUUCCCCCCUCAGCAUGGACUAAGUUUACGCCAUUCGAGAAACAAUACUGGGAAAUAAAGUCAAAGAUGUGGGACUGCAUCGUCUUUUUCAAGAAAGGUAAGUUUUUCGAGAUGUACGAGAAAGACGCCAUGCUUGGGAACCAUUUGUUUGAUCUCAAGAUUGCUGGAGGCGGUCGCGCAAAUAUGCAGUUGGCCGGUAUACCAGAGAUGUCCUUCGACUACUGGGCGAUGCAAUUUAUACAGCAUGGCUAUAAGGUUGCCAAAGUUGAUCAAAGAGAGUCAAUGCUUGCGAAGGAGAUGAGAGAUGGGAAUAAAGGUAUUGUGAAGCGUGACCUUCAAAGUGUUCUAACGUCUGGAACGUUAACUGACGCUGGAAUGCUCCAAUCUGAUCAAGCUACAUACUGCAUGGCCAUUCGCGAAGAGCCCGGAGAUUUUUACGACGUCGAUAACGGCGUUGUGAACUCAUCCAACAAUGACAACAAGAUAUUUGGUAUUGCAUUUAUAGACACCGCAACCGGUGCCAUUGAGCUAUUAGAAAUAGAGGACGACGCUGAAUGCACAAAGUUGGACACCAUUUUAUCUCAGGUUAGACCAAAAGAAAUCAUAAUGGAGAAAAACAAUUUAUCCAACUUGGCUCAUAAAAUCUUGAAGUUCAAUGCACAACCACAGGCACUCUACAAUUAUUUUAAGCCCAUUGAUGAAUUUUAUGACUCAAAUAAAACAUUCGAUGAGCUAACAUCCACGGAAAAUUCCUACUUUUCAGAUAUGGAUCACUGGCCUGAAGUUUUGACAAGGUUUUAUGAGGUGGGGAAGAAGAUUGGAUUUUCUGCUUUCGGGGGGCUGCUUUCAUAUUUGAAGUGGCUGAAAUUGGACAAAUCACUGAUAUCUAUGAAGAAUAUCAGCGAAUAUAAUCCAAUAAGAUCACAAACAUCUUUGGUUUUGGACGGUAUUACACUACAGAAUCUCGAGAUUUUCGGGAAUUCCUUCGACAACACUGACAAGGGGACCUUAUUCAAACUCUUGAAUCGAGCUAUAACUCCCAUGGGUAAGCGGAUGCUCAAAAAGUGGGUGAUUCAUCCACUUUUGCAAAAAUAUGAAAUUGAACAGCGCUUAGAUAGCGUAGACCUUCUGCUGAAUAACAUUGACCUACGAGAAACUUUAGAGGACAGCUUGAGUGUUUUACCUGAUCUCGAACGUUUAUUGGCACGCAUACACUCCGGCAAUUUAAAGAUCAGGGAUUUCAACAAGGUUAUAGAGGGAUAUGAAACGAUCGUCGCGCUUGCGGAGAAAAUGCGAAAACAAGAAAUUACUGGCUCACUCGACAGUUUCAUUCAGCACAUACCAGAUAAGUUAGGUAACACGGUGAGCAGUUGGGGGAAUGCUUUUGAUAGGAAAAGGGCAAUUGAAGACGGAGUUAUCGUUCCUAAACUUGGUGUUGAGCCCGACUUUGAUGAGUCGCUAAGAAAUAUUGAAAGCAUUGAGAAAGAACUGGCUGAUCACCUUAGAUCCUACAAGAAACGCUUCAAAACAUCCAACAUUCAAUACAAGGAUUCUGGUAAGGAAAUCUUUACCAUUGAAAUACCAGUAACAGCUACGAAAUUGAUUCCAUCAGACUGGAUUCAGAUGGGAGCCAACAAAAACACCAAGAGAUACUACUCCCCUGAAGUUGCAAAACUGGCGAGGACAAUGGCCGAAGCUCGUGAGUCGCAUAAAGUUUUAGAAGAGAGUUUGAAGAGCCGACUAUAUCAAAAAUUCGACUCUAGCUACCAAGACAUCUGGAUGCCGACUUUGAACGCAGUCUCUCAAAUUGAUUGCAUUCUCUCAAUGGCAAGAACCUCGGAAUCACUUGGUUUCCCGUGCUGCAGACCUCAAUUCGUUGAUGAAACAGAUCCCACAACAGGCCAUAAGUUAAACGGUUUCGUAAACUUUAAAGAGCUGCGACACCCUUGCUUCAAUUUGGGAACGGCCACAGUAAAAGACUUUAUACCAAAUGAUGUCUCUCUUGGUCGGGACAGUCCGCAGGUUGGUCUAUUGACCGGUGCGAACGCUGCUGGAAAAUCAACAGUUCUAAGAAUGACCUGCAUAGCGGUAAUAAUGGCUCAGAUUGGUUGUUAUGUACCUGCUGCAAGUGCAAUUUUGACCCCCAUUGACAGAAUUAUGACUAGACUUGGAGCUAAUGAUAACAUCAUGCAAGGAAAAUCUACGUUCUUUGUGGAAUUAUCAGAAACCAAGAAAAUCUUGGACACAGCAACUAAUAGGUCACUAUUGAUCUUGGAUGAGCUGGGUAGAGGAGGGUCUUCUAGUGACGGAUUUGCCAUAGCAGAAAGCGUCUUGCAUCACGUUGCCACACAUAUUCAGAGUCUUGGUUUCUUUGCGACUCACUAUGGUGGGUUGAGCUUGGGAUUCAAACAUCACCCCAAGGUUAUGCCGCUCAAAAUGAACAUCCUGGCGGAUGAAAACUCUCGCGAAAUUACCUUUUUAUACAAGCUCACUGAGGGUCAGAGCGAGGGCAGUUUUGGUAUGCAUGUCGCUUCAAUGUGUGGAAUAUCUAAAGACAUUGUCAACAGGGCUCAGGUAGCUGCAGACAAUCAAGAGCACACUUCUCUUCUAGCAAAGGAACGUUAUAAAUCGAUGAAUGGCAAGGAAGACAAUUUAAUACCACUUGGUUUGCAGAGUGACUUUGUCAGGUUAGCUUAUGGAGACGGCCUCACUGCUGGAAAAAAGGGCUGUGGUGAGGGAGUGGCAUUUUACGACAGCAGAAUCAAGGCCAACGUUUUGAAAAGCAUCUUUUCGAUGAUAGAUGGGCUUGAAUAA